AUGGCUGCAGGAAUUGCAAUGGGAAUUGCAGUAGCAAGACAACAAAUAUUGCCUGCAGUCAGUGCAGUGAGAGUGGGAGUAAAUCUGAAUCGAAAAAGUGCUAAAUGGUCAUUCUUCAGUCAAUCGGCUUCCUCUUCCUAUUCUUCAUCUUCAUCUUCAUCGUCGGUGCCAAGAACACUCAUAUUGUAUUCCAAGCCUGGAUGCUGUUUGUGCGAUGGCCUCAAAGAAAAGCUUGAUGCUGCCUUCGCUCUUUCUGGCCCAAAUCCCCUCCAUGACGUCCAAUUACAGAUAAGAGAUAUUACAAGUAAUCCUGAUUGGGAGAGGCUUUACCAGUAUGAGAUACCUGUAUUGGCAAGAAUCCAUGAUGAUGGCACUGAGGAGACACUUCCAAGACUAUCUCCUCGCCUUGGAGUCGAGCAUAUCCAGAAGAAGAUUGCAGCGGCAUUUAGUCAACGGACUUGA